AUGAAUCUUACUACCGUUCUACUAUUCUUAGCUUUUGUCCAAGUCAAUGGAUACCUUCAUUUAGAUUGGGAAGUACCAAAUCAAGCGCUCAAUCUAAGUUUAUACGAAGACGUGCUAGAUUCAGAAGAAUGUCAGAAACAAAUUGGUCUGUUGCAGAAUAACACAUUUCUUCUAAGUUUAUUUCUUGACUCUGGUAUAAGGCUUCCAAGAGGCUUGUUGACUGGCAAUACAGUUGAUUUAGGCAAUUACCAUCAAUGUUUACAAAUAAAUGCAACACUACAUAAUACUGAUAUCGAAGGAAAGUAUUGCAUGAUCAGAGUUCCUCUGAAUCAAGAAUUGCAACUUCAACCAAUUUCAACAUCGCAACCUUCACACUUCGAUCCAUUUUCUAUACAUUUGGAUGAAGAUACAAUAACGAAGAUAAAAGAUUACAAAUUAAAAAGAGCAGGCUUAAAAGCUUUAUUCGGUGCAGAACUCAAUGAAAUCAGAUCCGGUCCCGGUAAACCUCUUGAGUUUUCGGUUCUUCGUUUGGCUGUCUGUAUACCAAAGCCUUGUACAACUAAAGAAGCUAUAUCUGGUCUUUUGUUUAACGUAACUUCGUUAGGUUUUCAAUAUGAAGAUGAUUUCUGUCGAUUGCCUAAUGACAAGCCCUGGGUUCCUGCGGACUUUACAGCUUUUGGGAUAUUUUCUUUGAUCGGUCUCCUGAGCUUUUUGAGUACCUACUAUGAAUUAAACCAUAUCUUCGGUCGAAACAGAGAUCCCAAAUCUGCAAAUCAAAUAUUCUGUAUGUUCUCUGUAUACAGUAACACAAAGCGACUUUUAACUUUCAAAUCCUUACCCGGAUCUUUGGAAUGUUUAGACGGUGUGAGAGCUUUGGCUAUGUUAUGGGUACUUUUGGGACACAGUUUUUCAUCACAGCUAUUCACUUAUAAUGCUAUUGAGUCAUUUCAAUGGGUACUUUCAUACGAGGGUUUGUGGUUAACAUCCGGUCACAUCACAGUCGACACCUUUUUUAUGUUGAGCGGUUUGCUAGUCGUAUAUACGAGUGCAGGGAAAUUAACAUCAGUUGGUCUACUGAAAAAUAUACACAUCUUUUAUUUAAAUCGUCUUCUACGUAUGUUUCCUAUAUUGGCUACGACUGCUUUGCUAGAAGCUUCAGUUUUCAACCGGAUCUCGGAUGGCCCUGUUUGGGAUACUAUUGUAUCACAAACACACAGAUGUAGAACUUUCUGGUGGUCGACCUUAUUGCACGUGCAGAAUUAUCUUAACUCUGAGAAUGUUUGUAUUGGUGCGACUUGGUACCUUGCUAUUGACGUUCAGCUUCACUUACUGUCACCACUCAUAUUGGUGUGGGUGCUGAGUGGUAACAAGAGGAUUGCUUGGUCAGCGCUAACAGCCGGCGUUGUACUGUCACUCACAGCUGCCACUGUUUAUAACUUUAUAAAUGAAUUCCCAACAGGAAUGAUAACAGCUGAGAGAGGUGAUGAAAUGAUGUACUACAUGGUAUAUUACUAUAUGAACACACUGACCAGAGCGCCACCUUUUCUUGUUGGCAUGGUGUUUGGUUACUUACUGCAUACAUAUCGAGGAAAACCAGUUAAUAUUUCUACAAUUUUGAAUCUCACAUUAUGGGCGUUAUCUUUAUCGCUCCUCUUAGUAGUUUGCUAUUGCACACACCCAACAAUGCAGCCGGGCUGGGACAACCAGACUGUGGACAGUUUUAUCAACUCUUUCAUGAGGCCAGCAUGGGCUUUAGGCUUAGGCUGGGUUAUAUUCGCUUGUGUUCAUGGAUAUGGCGGUCCCAUCAAUUGGUUCCUAACUUUAAAUGUAUGGAAGUUGCCAGCUCGACUGUCAUACGCUAUGUACAUAUUGCAUUUCUCACUGAUGAUGAUCUUCAACUCUAGUAAUACAGCGCCGAUAUACUUUAGUGUUCCGUAUAUUAUAUUCCUCUUCUAUGGUUAUUUUGUAUUAACAUUUAUAGUGGCUAUUGUUCUCACGGUGUUAAUUGACAUGCCGUUUUCUAUAUUGUUUAAACUUUUAUUGGAUAAAAUUAAAGGUAAAAAGUCAACUAAAUCAGUGGAUGACAGGAAUUUAUUCAAAAAUGCUUCCGUAAUGCAAAGGCAUGUGAAUUAUCAUGCCUCUAAUAAUAAUAACGGUGUUCAGAAGUUUGAUUAA